CCGAUUUUCCAUGAUACGAUUGAGUAACGAGUCAGAACACAACAAGCCACUGUGGGCUUUGGCUAACUUUUCGAUUCUUCGCUGGCGAGAUUAUUGCGCUCUUCGCUUUACUCGUUCGAUCAUUCUUAACAUCAGCUUCAAUUGAAAGCGGUUUCCAUUGUUUCUUCUCUCACCAACCCUUCCUAUUAUCCUUCCCUACACGGUCGUCUCUUUACCUAGUUCUUCUUUUUCUUUUCGUUUAAGCUUUACUUUUUAUUCAUAAAUAAAUGUUUUUUUUUUGUUUUUUAACUCAUUCGUAUGGUUCGAUAUUAGAGCAGCAUGAACGAAACGUUGAAGAACAAAAUGUGAAAUUGCCCGUUCCAGCAUAAGUUUUAGUAAGUUAAUAUAUCAAGUGGGAUAAUCGUGUAAUUUCGGUUCUACCGAAACAAAAUUAUGCAAUUUAGGAAUGAAUUUAUAUCCUCUCUUUCAUGUUCAUAACAGGAGAGAGUAAAAGUGCAAAUGCGUAAAUCUUAUGGUAGAGGUAGGUUAGUCAAAGGAGAGAAUUCAGAUGCAUUUAGGAAUACUAACGAGUCCAUGAUUUUAUUUCACUCAAGACGUAACAAAACCUUGUGGAUUUUGUAGCUUCUCUUUCUCAAGACUUAUCUAUGUUUAAUUUUGGGUGAUAUUUUGUGUAGAGCUAAAACUUGGAGGUAGUAUACAGCAGUUUCCAAUGAGUACUGUCGGAUAUAGGUCGGACGAGGAAUGCUCUGUCAUAGGGGGGAAAGCAGAAAUUGGAUUUCUAGAUUUUGAGGAAGAGAAAUCUGUUUGCAGUUACGUUGUCAAUGACGAGGAUCCAGUCAUUGUAUCGGUCCCAUUUGCGUUUGUGGAUGGCAAGCCUCAAUCUGUAUUUGUUGGAGAUACUGCUGUGGAUUUAAUAACCAUCAAGAAUACUACCAAAGAACCUGUGGACCUGUGGAGUGUUCAUAUUUUUGCUUCAAAUCCUCUGGACUCUUUCACUCUUUCUCUCACUGAACCUCCAUCAGCAAAUUUAAAUGAAGAUAGCGAUCAGAGUUUUUUAGAAUCUUUCUCUUUGGAGGACAGGAUGCUUCAGCCUGGUGAGAUCUUAAAAAUAUGGUUAUCGUGCAAGACAAAAGAAAUGGGCAUGUACACAUCAGUUGUGUAUUUUGAUGUUGGAGAUGAGAAAAUUGAGAGGGUGGUUUUUCUCUUAGUUGAAGACAAAAUCUCUAAGUCUUUGGCUUCUAAUAGGCCUUAUUCAAAAGGAAGGAGAAAAGACAAGUUUGUUGUAGAUACUUAUGUUCCAGGUUCACGUCCUGCUGGGAAGGCAAACAGAAAAUACAUAAAUAGGCUUCCAAGAUAUGACAUUCCCAGGGACAUUAGACAUUUGCUUGAGAGCGAUCAGAUUCCUCAAGCUGUUGAAGAAGGUCUUACAAGAAAGAGUUAUGCUUCUUAUUUCAAAACAUUAAUAAUAAUGGAAGAGAUACAAUUGGAGGAAGACAUGAGGACUUAUGACAUGGAAUGCAUAGCUAUGAGAAAGAGGGCCAAUUGUUUCUUGACCUUGGAGGUUCCUGGGCUUGCUGAGAGAAGACCAUCGCUGGUUCAUGGGGAUUUUAUAUUUGCCAAGCUGGCAUCUGAACGUGAUGACAAGACCGCCCCUGUUUAUCAGGGAUUCAUCCACCGUGUUGAAGCUGAUGAGGUCUAUUUGAGGUUUGAUCAUGAAUUUCACUUUUGCCAUAGAGAUGAAAAUCUCUAUGAUAUUCACUUCACGUAUAACAGGAUCAAUAUGAGAAGGUUAUACCAAGCAGUUGAGGCAGCAGAAAACUUAGGAACCGAGUUCCUUUUUCCAUCUUCGUCCUCCAGAAGGAGACACAUUAAAACCACUGAUGUGGUUCCCAUUUCUGGUUCUUUUAACAAUGAGCAAAUGUGUUCAAUCAAAAUGAUUCUUGGUUGCAAAGGCGCACCCCCUUAUGUGAUUCAUGGGCCCCCAGGUACAGGAAAGACAAGAACAAUUGUAGAAGCAAUCCUCCAGCUCUACAAAUAUCAUAAGAAUACUCGUAUUCUUGUCUGUGCUCCCUCAAAUAGUGCAGCAGAUCACGUGCUGGAGAAAGUCCUUGCUCAACAGGAUGUUGAAUUUCGAGAAAAUGAAAUAUUCAGGCUCAAUGCAUCUACCAGGCCAUAUGAGGAUGUCAAACCAGAACUUAUCCGCUUCUGCUUCUUUGAUGAGUUGAUAUUUAAGUGUCCCCCAGUCAGUGCCCUCAUGCAUUAUAGGAUCAUAAUAUCCACAUAUAUGAGUGCCUCUCUUCUUUAUGCAGAGGAUGUUGCUCGUGGUCACUUCUCUCACAUUUUCUUGGAUGAGGCUGGGCAAGCUUCCGAAGCUGAAACAAUGAUCCCUGUAUCCCAUCUCUGCAGAAGGGAUACCGUUGUUGUUCUGGCUGGAGACCCAUUGCAGUUGGGUCCAGUAAUAUAUUCCAAGAAAGCAGAUGAGUAUGGGUUGGGGGUUUCAUACAUGGAACGGUUGUUUGAAUUUGAGUUAUAUGCCAGUGGAGACCCAAAUUAUGUAAUAAGAUUGAUUAGGAACUAUCGAUGUCACCCAGAGAUUUUAUAUCUUCCUUCAAAGCUGUUCUAUGACGGGGAAUUGAUGGCCUGUAGAGAUAGUUCAUCUUUCAAAGUGAUUGCAGAGUUUCUUCCUAAUAAGGAGUUCCCUGUUCUCUUCUUUGGCAUCCAGGGAUGUGAUGAAAGAGAAGGGAAUAACCCAUCAUGGUUCAACCGAAUUGAAGCAAGCAAGGUAAUAGAAGUUGUCAGGAGAUUGAUAGCCAAUGGGGAAAUAACGGAGGAAGACAUUGGCAUUAUAACUCCAUAUAGACAACAAGUGCUGAAAAUAAAACAGACACUUGAAAAUCUAGAUAUGCCCGAUGUCAAAGUUGGUAGUGUUGAGCAAUUUCAAGGACAAGAGAAGGAGGUUAUCAUCAUAUCAACCGUUCGAUCAACCAUCAAACACAAUGAGUUUGACAAAGUCCACUGUCUUGGCUUUUUGAGCAAUUAUCGAAGGUUUAAUGUGGCUAUUACCCGUGCUAUAUCAUUGCUGGUUAUAAUUGGGAACCCUCAUAUUAUCUGCAAGGACGAUCAAUGGAGCCAAAUGCUGUGGCACUGUGUGGACAAUUCAUCUUAUCAGGGUUGCUCUCUUCCGGAAAGACCAAAAUUUUAUGACGAUGAGGACACAGGGGAGAACUCUAAUGCAUUACCCUCUAGCAAUGGAGAAUGGAGUCAAGAUUCAUCCCAGUUAGAGUUCCCUAAACCUGUUACCGAUGAAGCUGAAUGGUCUGAUGGCUGGAGAAGUAAUUAAUCCAGCACUUCGAACUUGGACUCGUACAAAUAUGUGUUUAUACUCUUUUUUUUUUUUUUUUUUUUUUUGUGAUAGGUUUUUGCGGACUUAAAAUUAGUCAGUUCUUAAUUUCGAUCUAAGGAGGGUGGGGAAAGUCCUACCCUUGUUAAUUUUCUUAAUGCCAUGUUUAUUAUAUG